AUGAUGAAAUCGAUGAAAAGAAUAUAUUUCAUGAAAUUCAAGCUAUGGAACAAAGACAAAAUAUACCGAUGCAACAAUUAAAAGAAUUAUUAUUAUCAUCUCGUGAUGGAAUGAAAGAUUUUAUGGCUUUUCUAGUGACAACUAAUGGAAUACAUCUUGUUGAUUUUUGGUUAGAUUGUGAAGCAAUUAAAAUGAUUUCAUCUAUGCAGAAUUCAAGUUAUGAAAUGAUCUUGAAGAUCGUUACCUUCUUCAAUUAACAUCUAAAGCACGUGAAAAAUUAUUUACAUCAAUAAAUACAAUUUCUGAUUAUUUUCUAACAAGUCGCCAUGAUAAGAAUAAUAAUCCGAAUGAAUCCUAUUUAUAUCAACUUGGUAAUAUGAUGUUUGAUUGUGUACAAUAUGAUUGUUUACGUCGUUUAAGAUAUUAUUGGUUACCAAGAUGGUUAUUACAUUGGGAAAGAAUAAUCAAUAAUUGUCAGUUUUUACCAAAUCAAUAUGGUGGUUCUAAUUUAUUUUAUAUACCACCAUAUUGUUCAUUAAUUAGAUCAAAUCAUACAUUAUCAUCUAAUGCAUGUAUAGAAAAUAUAUCAAUAAAUAGUUCUGAUAUUGAACAAGAUAAUGAUCUUGAUCUUAUGGAUCAUUACAAUCAUCAUAAUGAUCAUGAUCCUACUGUUCAAUAUGAAGAAUAUCAAUCUAAUGAAGUUAUUAAAGAUAAUGAUACUUCUGUAAAUUGUCAUAGUUCAUUACAAACAACUGAAAAAACAAUAAAGGUAUCUAAUGAUGAAAAAUCCUGGAAUAAAGAAAUCUAUGAUCUAAUUAUUAAAAAUGCUUUAACAAAAAAUGGUCUUAUUCAAUCAGAUCAUAAUAGAGAUAUAUUAAGAAAUAUAUCAAAACAACGUUUAUUAUCAUAUGCUCCAUCAUCUACAUUGAAUUCAUCUCAUAGAAAUAUAAAAUUAUCUCGAAUGUCAAGUAGUACUACUACUACUACUUCUACCAGUACUACUCCAACUAAAUAUACAUCAACUAUACCAUUCUUUAAACGAUUAAAUAUAUCAUGGACAAUACCCUAUGAUCCAAAUGAUGUGAUUGGUUUAAAAUUAUAUCCUGGUUUAAAAUGGGAACAUUUAAAAAAAAUCAAUAAUUGUCAAUUAUUAUCCUCCUCCUCGAUACAAAUGGAUAUCAUCAAUAAUUCAAUCAAUUAUGAUCAUUCCAUUAUAAUUGAUUCAUUGAUAUCUACAUUAGGAAUAAAUAAUAAUGAUCAUCCUAAUGAGAAUCAUAAAAUGACAUCAUCAUUUAAACAAGAAUUCAUCAAUAGGAAAAAGAUGGAAUCUUCAAAUAGAGGAAAACUAACUUCGUUCAUACAUUCAAAAGAAAAGAAAAGUUCAAUGGAAGAAAUGUUAAAGAAAAAAUGUUUAAUAGCAAUACAUGGUGAUGCAGCAUCUGGUGGUCCAUUUCAAUUUUAUUUAGAAAGAAAUGGUUUAGAAAGACAAAAUCGUAUACUUGGAUUUUUACAAGCUAUUUAUGAUUAUUCUAGACAAAAUUUAAGUUUAAUGGCUAAUCGUUUUACUAAACUAACAAAAAUUUGGUAUAUUGUAAAUAAUUUUCUAAGAUCAAAUAGUCGUUGGAGUAUAGAUAUUGAUUUGUCAUUAGUGAAAUCAAUCAUUGAAGUCAUUCAAGCCAAAAAAGAUACAACUCCUGUUCAAAUAUUCGACACAGUGAAAAAUAUUUGUUUAAAUGAAAUCUAUCCAUUUUGGAUUGAAUAUAUGAAAUCUGAUGCUUUUCAAUUUGUUUAUGCUUCACAUAAAAGCAAAAAUGAAGAUUAUAUGAUGCCUAAAUCAUCGAAUGAUUUUGAUGUACUGUUGGAUGAGAAUUCUAACUUAAUAGUACAACGUAAACCAAUAGAAAUUCCACCAACAAAUACAUCAUCUGAUCAGCUUAAACGUUCACAUAGUUGGGAUCAUUUAACACCUUCCGAAAAAGAAGAACGUAUUCGAAUGAAAUUAGAACAAGUUAGAAUAACUGAGAAAGAACGAAGAAAAGCUGUUCUAGCUGCACGAAAACGUCAACGUGAAGCAUUAAAACCUAAAAAACAAGACAGCUCAUUAUCAGGAUUGGUCAAGUUAACCGAGUCUGAUGAAGAAACUCGAUUAAUAAAACAAACAGAAAAUCAAUCAAAAUCACAAUCAAGAAGAAUAUCAAAUCAAGUAUUCAAUUUGAAAUCUAUGCUUGAUAAUAAAUUAUUAAUUUCAAUGUUUCAAGAAUGGCUUAAAACAUUGGACCAAUCAGAAUUCAAUUAUAAUUCAUCAAAUAAUUUAGCAUUUAUUUUAGAAGUAAAUCAAUAUUUAACAAUCACCAAAAAUCAAUUAAAUAUGGAAAAACUUAGACAGAGAAUCGAUAAAGCAAAUUGUAUUUAUGAUAAUUAUCUACGUAUAUCAUGUGAAAAGCCAAUAGAAUUGCCAGAAAAAUUUGUCAAACGAUUAGAUCAAGAAAAAGAUCGUCCAACAUCAGCUACAUUAAAAGGCCUCCGAGAUCAUCAUUUAAACAAUCUCUAUUCCUUGUUUAAUGAAUUUUUAAAUGUAACAGCUAAAAAGCUUGGUUUGUCAGUGUCUCAACUUUGCCAAAUGCCUGAAAUUGAAUUAGCCCCAUUAGUUGUAACUCCAAAAACACUUAGUCAGGCUUCAGAAACAAAACAGAAAUUUUCUAUUAAAAUGAGACCAAUGUUAGAAGAUAAAGAAGAAUUAUCAAAAUUAUUAAAACGUGCAGCUUUUCAACCGCCUGAUUUUAAAUUAAUACUAUUCUAUCAGUAUUUAGUUGAUUAUGGAUUCAAAGAAAAUUGUCCAUUAAUUGAUCAAGAUUUGAUAUUUCAUAUUGAAAUUUUACGUUUUGAAGAACUUCAUCGUGGUCAUGUUGAACAUAGUUUAAUAAGGAAAAAGGUUUUAUGUAUUUUGCAAACAUUUUUAGAAUCUGUUUUUCCACCACAAAUUCAAAUUGGCCUACCAAAUGAAGUUAUUAAUCGAUUAGUUGGGAGAAUACAUCGUCAAACUGAUCAUAAAGGUCCUAUAAGUUUAAACUUAUUUGACGAAGCAGUUAGGUUAACUUUCAAUGAAAUUUUACCAUUUUGGGCUGGAUUCAAAAGAAAUAUUUUAUGUAAAUCAGGCAGCACACAAUCACGAAUCCAGUCAACAAUGAAAUCGGAUUAUCAGCAAAUACAUGGAACACCUUGGUUGUCUAGUCCAUUGACUUACAAGUAUCACGAGGUAUUAGAAAACCGUUUAAAAGCACAUCAAGAUUGGAAGUUACCGUCAACAGAAAUACAACUUCCCAAUAUGCCACAUGAUAAGGAGGCAAAUUCCUUCACUUAUUCAAUACGAAAAGGUGUAGAUUGGCAAAAUGUCGGACAUUGAUUACCUAAUAUAUCCCAUUGUUUUACUUGAGCCAUGGUAGCAAAUUAGAUUACCAGAAUUACGUCUAAAAUCCUUCCACAUAAAACUGACAUUUUUUUAUAGACAAAGUUAUAUUACAGCUAAUUAAAAUAAAGAGACGAUUCGGCU